AUGUUUGUGCGCAGACUGUCAACGGCAAUCUCCGAAUCGGAAAAAGCCCACUUCAACAACCUUGCCACGUCCUGGUGGGACACCACGGGACCGCAACGGAUCUUGCACAAGAUGAACCUCGUGCGAAUGGACUUUAUUAACAACAACAUCAAACAGCACAUAAAGAUCAACAAUAACGUCCCAAACGAGCAGAAAACGUUCAUUCCCGGCUGGAACCCGCACAACGUGCUGCCAGAGCCUGUUGCAAACACGAUUGACGGCGCCAGAACGGCCAGAAUCCGCCAAGAGCUCGCCAAGAUGCGUCUUUCGUGUCUGGACAUUGGCUGCGGCGGAGGCAUAUUGAGCGAGUCGCUUGCAAGACUGCCGUACGUGGAAUCAGUGGACGGGAUCGACAUGUCGCCCGAGGUGGUGCGCGUAGCCAACGAACACAAGCUGCUGGACCCUGCAAUUGCACAAAAAGUGCACUACCAGCUGAAACCUGUCGGCGAACUGCCUGCUACCAAGCAGUACGACGUGGUGACAUUAAUGGAGCUUCUCGAGCACGUGGAUCAUCCUGCAGACGUCAUGGCCGCCGCAAUGAGCCAUGUCAAGCCGGGAGGACUGCUAUUUCUGUCCACCAUCAAUAGAGACCCGAUUUCGUGGCUCACGACCAUCCUGUUUGGAGAGUACGUGCUCAGAAUCGUUCCAGUUGGAACACACACCUACUCCAAGUACAUCGAUUGCGCCGAAAUAGCCGAGUUUGUCGAGCACACGGGCUUUUCUGUGAUCGACUCCAAAGGAUGCACCUAUCUUCCGCUAAAAGGCUGGGUUUUCACCGACUCGCCCGACGUUGGCAAUUAUUUCAUGGCAUUACAGCGAGUUAAAUAA